CUCUAUCUUCUCUGCAUUAAAUAAGGCCGGGACAAUGAUUGAAGCAUUCUGAUGUGUGUAAAUGCCAAAACCGAGACACAGGAAAUUAGAAGAUCAUGCAGAUCUAACAGUACGAAGUUGAAAAAGUUAUCCUUAGCAGUGUGAAGUUGUUUGUUUCUCUUCAUUCUUCUCAACCGACAACACCAGAAAACAGUGAUGAGGAGCUGAAGGAAGAAUGGAAGAAAGAAAAAUUAGAAGCGCUCUGUUGUUCAAAGACAAAUCGGUUUCUUUCAUAAAGAGAUUUGUUUUCUCCAUUUCCUAUGUUCUGCUUCCUGCAACUCUGCUUUGUACCUUCCUCUACCUUCUCUCCAUAACUCAAUAUUCCACAACCACCACCACUUACCGUCCUUCUUUUUCUUCUCCUCAUCCUUCUCUGCCUUCAACAUCUCCUUCUUUUUCUUCAGAAAGGGAAAAAGUUUACCAUGAUUCAUGUGACUACUCUAAUGGUGAAUGGGUUGAUGACAGAAGUGGUCCUUUAUACAAUGUAACUACAUGUGGCACAAUCAAAGAGAGUGAGAAAUGCAUCUCCAAUGGAAGACCUGACUUGGGCUAUCUGUAUUGGAGAUGGCAGCCCAAAGAAUGCAAUCUUCCAAGGUUUGAACCUCUCACGUUUCUCCAAGUAGUUGAGAACAAACACGUAGCAUUUGUUGGGGACUCUUUGGCCAGGAACCAACUCGAGUCUCUUCUUUGCAUGCUAGCCACAGUUUCAACCCCAAAGCUUGUCUACAAAAGUCCCAAUGACAACAAAUUUCGUCGUUGGCACUUCCCUUCUCACAAUGCAAACUUGUCCUUGUACUGGUCACCUUUUCUUGUGGAAGGGGUUGAAAGAUCAAACGAAGGGCCUUAUUACAACACCAUGUAUUUGGAUCAUGUUAAUGAGAGAUGGGCAAGGGACUUGGAGUGGUUUGACAUGAUUGUAGUGUCAUUUGGGCAUUGGUUUUUGCUUCCUUCUGUUUACUACGAGGGUGGUUUGGUUAUUGGCAGCUUGAACUGUCCUGAUCUGAAUCAUACUCAGAUGGAUUUCUAUGUCCCAUUGAGGAAGGUUUUGAGGACUACUCUGAGUAGCAUAAUUGAGAGAAAGAGGAGUGAAGUUGAUGUGAUUGUGAAAACAUUUUCACCUGCUCAUUUUGAAGGUGAUUGGGAUAAGGCUGGAACUUGUUUGAAGACUGAGCCUUAUAAGAAGGAGGAGAAGGAAGUUGAAGGCAUGGAUGCUGAGAUCAGAAAGAUUGAGAUAGAAGAAGUGGAGAAUGCAAAGGCAAAAGCUACUGAAUUUGGAGGCUUCAGAUUAGAUAUUCUUGAUGUAACAAGAUUGGCAUUGUUGAGACCAGAUGGUCACCCUGGUCCUUAUAUGAACCCUUUCCCAUUUGCUAAAGGUGUUCCAGAACGUGUGCAAAAUGAUUGUGUUCAUUGGUGCUUGCCAGGGCCUAUAGACACAUGGAAUCAGAUUUUUCUACAGAUCAUCAAAAAGCGGGAGAAAAGGUGAUUCAAUCAGCUAUUAAUAUUCUUCAAAAUAUGUAUAUUUGAUUAGUCAUACUUCUAAUGAUUUCACCAUGCGGGUGUUUAUUCA